AUGAAUUUCGUGUCAAAGCUCCGCAGUGUGCCUCGUGUGUCGAGUCUUACCACGGCCGGUGGUAAGAGGUAUCUAGGGGGCUUUGCCACCUUCAAAGUUCCUCCGAUUCGAAAUGAGCCUAAUCCAUCAUAUGCCAAAGGGUCGAACGAGCGUGCCAGGCUCCAGGAUGCACUGGACAAGCUGAAGAGCCAGGUCCCCGUUCAAGUGCCGCUCACCAUUGGAUCCACGGAGGUGUCUGGAAAUAAGAACAAGACUCAAGCAAAUCCUUCUGACCAUGCUUCCGUUAUCGCCAAUUAUUCCGAGGCAUCGGCCGAGCAGGUGAAUCAAGCCAUAGAGAGAGCUCUGGAGGCGAAGCCGGCUUGGGAAAAUAUGGCCUUCACGAAUCGAGCAGCUAUCUUCCUUCGUGCGGCAGAGCUUGUUGCCACGAAGUAUCGCUAUGAUAUCAUGGCUGCCACAAUGCUCGGGCAAGGUAAGAAUAUUUGGCAAGCGGAGAUUGAUGCGGCUGCUGAGACUGCCGACUUCUAUCGCUUCAACGUGCACUACGCAUCUGAGCUGUAUAAGCAGCAAAACACCAUGAAUGACACAGGAAUGUGGAAUCGCUUGGAAUAUCGUCCUCUGGAGGGCUUUGUCUAUGCUAUCAGUCCCUUCAAUUUCACCGCCAUCGGCGCCAACUUGAUUGCCGCGCCCGCUAUUAUGGGCAAUGUGGUUAUCUGGAAGCCAUCUGAUUAUGCAGUGUAUUCUGGCUAUCUUCAGCGAAAAAUCCUGGAGGAAGCGGGCCUUCCUCCCAACGUCAUUCAAUUCCUUCCCGGCAACGCGAAGGUUGUGACUGACACCGUGCUGGAGAACCCGAAAUUUUCGGGUCUUCAUUUCACUGGCUCCACUGAGGUAUUCCGUGAUCUAUAUGGCCAGGUUGCUGAUGGGGUUCGCGUGGGCCGCUACGAUAACUACCCACGGAUCGUCGGAGAGACUGGUGGAAAAAACUUCGGCGUUGUGCAUGGAAGUGCUGAUAUCCGCAAUGCGGUGGUUAACACAAUCCGGGGUGCCUUUGAGUACCAAGGUCAGAAAUGCUCUGCUACGUCCCGCCUUUACGUCGCGGAGUCGGUAUGGCCGGAAUUCAAAAGGCAACUUGUUUCCGAGACAGAGAAGUUGAAGAUGGGCAGUCCUGAGUAUUUUGAUAAUUUUAUUGGUCCUGUCAUCCACAAGCGUUCUUGGGAUAAGCUGACCGGGGUUAUCAAUAUGGCUAAGGAAGAUUCUUCGGUCACCCUGUUGGCUGGCGGCGAGACUGAUUGUACGAAGGGGUGGUUCGUACGUCCGACUAUUUUCCAGGUGGAGGACCCGUCGCACUCUCUAAUGAAGGAUGAGUACUUCGGCCCUAUCUUGUCUGUUUACGUCUACCCUGACAGCAAGUUCGAGGAUACUCUUUCUGAGGUGGACUCGAGCACCAAGUUUGGACUGACUGGCGCCAUAUUCGCCAGAGAUCGUUCGGCGAUUGAGACUGCUGAGAAGCAGCUGCGCCACUCUGCUGGUAACUUCUAUAUUAAUUGCAAAACGAGUGGCGCAGUUGUGGGCCACCAACCUUUCGGGGGUUCUCGUGCGAGCGGAACCAAUGAUAAAGCGACCAGCACCAACCUUGUUGCUCGCUUUGCGAGCAUUCGCAGCAUCAAGGAGGACUUCCAACUGACUGAGGAUGUUACCUACCCCUCUAACGAAAUAUAG